AAAAAAGAAAUGGGUGAAGAGGGAAGUUCUCAUCAUUCUAUUGCACCAGCUCAUACUCUUUAUUCCACCGUUGAGCUUAAUUCCUCUCAUGCUCUCCCUCCAACCAUGAGCUUUGCAGCAUCCCCUUCGACCAUCAUGAUGAAAACUUACAGAGGAAAGCUACCUUUUUCUAUUAUCACAGUCAUAGUCUGCAGUUUUGCUUUCCUUGCUCUCCUAUAUACCGAAAGAAUAAGUUUUCUUUCUUCAAGUUCUACUCUGAAAUCCAAGUCCUGUGCUAGAAGAGGUGUUGUUGCAAAAGCUAAGGAUAAAACUACAGAGAAGAACCUAGAAAACCCCGAAAUCGAUGACAGGUUCGAGUUUGACCCUGAAGAGUGCAAUAUUGCCAAUGGGAAGUGGGUGUUCAACCGUUCUGUCAAGCCUUUGUACACAGAUAGGAGUUGCCCAUACAUCGACAUGCAAUUUGCUUGUGUCAGAAAUGGUCGACUUGAUUUCGACUACCGUCACUGGGAAUGGCAGCCAGAGGACUGCAACUUGCCAAGAUUUAAACCGGAACUUGCACUGAAAAAGCUUCGAGGAAAGAGGCUAGUCUUUUCGGGGGAUUCACUGCAAAGAAAUCAAUGGGAAUCUUUCGUUUGUAUGAUAGAAUGGACUAUACCUCCAGAAAAGAAGUCUAUGAAACGAGGCAGAGUUCGUUCUGUCUUCACAGCCAAGGAGUAUAAUGCAACCAUUGAAUUUUUCUGGGCUCCAUUUCUUAUUGAAUCCAAUACGGAUAUCAAUGUUUUAGAGCCAAAGAAGAGGAUUCUAAAAGUUGAUUCAGUUGCCAAUCACUCCAAACACUGGGAAGGAGCUGAUAUUCUUGCGUUUAAUACUUAUGUUUGGUGGAUGAGCGGCCUUAGGCUCAAGACAUUAUGGGGUUCCUUCGCUAAUGGUGAAGAAGGUUAUACAGUGCUGGAUACACCAGUUGCCUACAAAGUUGGUCUGAAGACAUGGGCUAACUGGAUUGAUUCAACCAUAAAUCCCAACAAGACCCGAGUUUUCUUCACAACCAUGUCCCCUAUACACACAAGGAGCCAAGACUGGGGCAAGGAAGAUGGGCUGAAAUGCUUCAACGAAACGAAGCCAGUGAUAAAGAAGAAGUUCUGGGGAAGUGGUUCAGACAAGAAGAUGAUGAGCGUGCUGGACGGUGUGUUGAAGAAAAUGAAAGUUCCUGUCACGGUCCUCAACAUAACACAGCUUUCAGAGUACAGAAUCGAUGCACAUUCAUCGAUCUAUACAGAGACAGGGGGAAGGCUCUUGACUGAUGAGGAAAAAGCAGACCCACGACACUAUGCAGAUUGCAUCCAUUGGUGCCUACCUGGAGUUCCUGAUAUCUGGAAUCAAAUCUUUCUAGCACAUUUGUAAAUUUUUUUUUUCUUUUUCCAACCCCCUUAUGUGUUCAAAAAGUUCUUUCAUUUGUAUCUGCAAGUUGUAUUAUUUUAGCAAAUCAAGCAAUUUUUUUUUUUUGACAA